CCACAGUUCUACCCAGAUGAACUCUUACUCUGAUAGUGGUUAUCAAGAUACUGUCAGUUACUACAGCAGUCGGACACGGGGCAAGUGUCAGCUGAGACUACAAAACUCAUUCCCUGGUUCAGGGGGAAGUUCCACACAGCAAAGAAACUCCAGGGCAGAGGGCCAGGCUGCAGGACAGUGUCUACAGAUCACCUCAAAGUAGCAUGGGAAAAUGAUACCGGAAUUAAUAUCUCAAAUGAGAUUUGGGAAGAAGGACUGAAACAAAUUCAUACCUGCUCUAUUAAUGCUAGAUUACAACUUAUACAGUUUAAAGUAUUGCAUAUGUUACACUAUACCAAAACUAAACUCAAUAAAAUUUACCCUUCAGUUUUUUUUUUUGAGGGUUUUUUUUUGUGUAUAAUAUAUUUUUGUAUACAUUGAGACUUUCAUCUGUUUUAUGUUUAUAUAAAAACUUAUAAAUAAAAUUAUUUUAAAAAAAAAAGUUAUCACAUUUACAUGAAUUGUGGGUGUUCUAAAGUAUAACUGGUCACAAGUAGCAUGUAUAGACAUGAUAUAAAAUUUAUGCAGUUGAAAGAUGUUUGAUAAGUCUGUUUCAAAUUUUUUGAAAAAAUUUGAUGCAGUUUUAGUUGUAGAAACAGUCUUUGUUGGUUUUUCUGUAAAGUUAGGUCUCUCAGAGAAACAGGCCUGCAUUGUCUCUCUGUCUGUUUUGAUCUGGAGAUCAAAGACUCUUUAUCUUCUGGUGACCAUUGUUUGCUACAACUAUCUUAAGUUUGUCACCUCUCCUUCAGUCAGGAAGCAUGGGUGCCAUAAAAGUACGUAGCAGGGGUUUGUUCUGUAGACAGACUGGAGCCGAAAAUUAGAAACUCUGAGCUUAGGUUUCUGGAAUUAUGUUUUGAAAGAAUCAUCUGAAUGAUUCAUUUGUCUGGUUCGUCAACGGUUGCUACAAUAAAUAUUCUCUUUAUUAACACAUGUUCUUUAAAACCCUAUUUAAAAUAUCCACCUUCACGCAGGAAAGGAACAAAAUAAUCAAAAAGAAUAAAGGGUCCUUAAAGGUCCAACUUUAUAUUAGGUGGCCUUAACUACUAUGCACUUACAUUUAAAUUAAUUAUUUGAUACAGUGCACUUAUUGUGUACACGUUUUUACAUUGUACUUAUAUUUGAAAAAAUACCUGCAUGUAAUUACAUCUGUAAUACAUUUCUGUAAUUACAUUUAUAAUUAAAGCUGCAAGCAGUGAUGAAAGGGCCCUCGCACUUUAGGAAAACAGUGAACAGUGGGCGUUAAUCGCAUACUUUAGCACUUAGCCAAGUGUUGCAUGAUUAAAUGUGUUUCUAGCAUGUUUAGUACUUCAUGGCAUCUUUAAAUGUGUUUCAGGGAAUGAAUUACAGUGUGAAGCAUGCCAUUUCCUGUUGCCAACAGGUGGCGCUAUGACUAACUGAAUAUUUGCAUGUAGAUGUCUUCAGGCCAGUUUGGGGUAGGUUGGACAUUGUAUGCCUGACUUACAACAGCUUCCUUUUUCAUACCAAAACAUCAGACUUUGUGAGGCCGCCACGGACACGUGACAUAUAUCUGAUUAAAGCUCUAGGAGAAGUUUGUUAAAUUACAACGUAUGGAAAUGGAAAAAAUUCAAAAUUCAGUUAAUUCAAAAUAACUGACUUCCUGUUCAGUUUCAGAUUUUGCUCCAAGAGAUUUUUUUUUUUAGGUAUUGGGCUGUAACAUGUGUGUACCAAAUUUCAUACUUAUAUAUAUGUGAAACAUAUAGGCACUUCGUUGAAAAUAUAUAAGUGGCGCUAUUGAGCCAUUUUGCCACACCCAAUUCUGAAACACAUAUCAGACGUAAAUUUUCACCACUUCUGAUGCGUGUGCAAAGUUUCAUGAGUUUUUGAGCAUGUUUAGGCCCUCAAAAAUGCGAUUCAUUUUGAAGAAGAAGAAACCUGUCCCUAACUUUACCCAUAUCCCACCUCAAUUUGCAAUACAAUAUGAACAUAAUAAGUACAUUGUACUUAUUUUUUGAUGUAAGUACACAGUAGUUAAGGCCACCUAAUAAAAAGUGGGGCCAAAUAAAGAAAAUCUACCCAAAAUAUUCAACUCCAAAUGAUAGAGCAAUUAACUCAACACAGUGAGACACAUUAAAUCAAAACCAUAGCAAUUUGUUAAAACACCAGUAUUACACUUCGGCUGCUCUGGUUGCCGGGAUUCUUGGGAGCGCUCACAAUCCUAUCUUUCAUCAGUGCCGUAUUACUGUGGUGUCUUCACUGCAUUUUUGUUUGGUGCAUCACUGUUCCAUGUAUGUUUCUCUUAAAUAUCCGCAUAGUUAAUUUAAACUGUCAAAUAUACAAGGUUCUGUCAAAAAUACACACAGUUCACAUAAACACAGUCAGUUAUGUCUGUGAACGUAAAUAGCAGGCAACGUUACAGAAAUCAUAUGUGUAUAUUCAUAUGUGAUCAUAUGUGAUCUGUGGUGCAUUCCCUCCAAAAAUAAAACUAAUCCACUGCAUUCAGCGGCUCAGAUGUCAGUAAAUGAAGACUGUUAUGUUCACUCUUACAUCCAACAACAAAACAUCUCAAUUACUUACUAGACAUUGUUGUCGCUACAGCUGCUCGAGCGCGGAGAAAAUGGUGGACAGCGUACAGCUCGCUGAGGGCAGAAACUAUGGUAAUACAGGACUGUCAGUCAGUGGCUGUGGGCGGGGCAUGAGGAAUGUGAUGUCACAUUUCUCAGAGAAUCAAAACAGCUUGUCUAAUGAGACUGCUUUGGUUUAAUGGGGAUUUUAAAAAAGGAGUGGGUGGAUUUUUAUCAUUGUAGGGUGGUUGUGUUCACACACUGCCAACACACAUUUAUAUUCAAACACCUUGUAAAAGUGGAUUUAGCAUAAUAGGUGACCUUUAAGUUUCUGCCUGUAGGCUAGGAUGAACCAAACAGUGAUCAGAGAGUCCCAAAGCUGCUAGGGGACCGAGUGCUACGCAUUCAUGAAGCAAAGAGUAGCAGAGUUUGAGAAGUCUUCGUUUGUGCAGGUGAGGAGUAAUAGUUCAUCUAUUUUGUUUGUAAGUGAGCUGAGAUUCACCAGAUAAAUAUUCGGCAGCGGGGUCCUAAACCCGCAUUGUCGGAAUUUCACCAGCGUGCUUCCCUCAUUUGCGUCUGUUGGAGCACUUGUAUAAGAUCACAGCUCCUCCGAUUAGAAUGUCCAGUAAAAAGUCUGAAUGCUCAAAAGUUGGCAAAAAGUUUGGUGUGUAUGUCUGAUGUCUAGAAGUUUGUCUCUAGUAAAACUAAUCAGAAAAAAGGUUACUUAAAAGUUAAUACUUAAUAAUACUUAAAAGUAUUAUUAUUAUUAUUAUUAUUAUUAUUAUUAUUUCAGGAAGCAUUAUAAAAAAAGUAAUUCAUAACCCCUUUAAACUUCUCAACUUCAGCCAAUAUUAUAUUAUCUACAAUAUUUUUCUCAUCGAGGUGAACAGCUGUCUCGUGAUAUCAACACGUGACGUUCCAUUUGGAGCGAUUCACAUUCUCGGACUGGGAAUUAUGCAUUUCUAUGGCAACACAAUCAACACCUAAAUUAAUCUGCAGUGGUCAGAUGGUACAGCUGUCACGUGGUACAAGUAGGAGGUCUCAGAAAUAUCCCAUCACAAGCUAUAAUUAUGAGCUCUACGAGGAAGUGAACACUUUUGUGAACAGUUUAAAUCUCCUAAUUACGGUAAUUACAGUAUACAACAUGUAUACAGCAUGUUGUGAAUGCAUCUAAACUCCUUGGGUGCUUCUCAGUACUCAAAUUGAUGCUUCCUCUUUUCUUCCCUCCUCCAUCCACCAGCCCGUGACCUGGAAACUGAUUGAACUCAGUCAUCAUGAGGGGCAUCACAAUUCUCUAAUUGCACUGCAAGGAGGCAUGGAACAAGGGCCGAGGAAACCCAGGUGUGUCCUUCUCUCGCAUCCUAAGGGGUGGAGCUAAGACACAAGGAAAGGAAGCAAUGAAAGGAAACGAGGAAAGGAAACGAGGAUGCACAAAUUAAAAAUGAGAAGCACCCCAUCACCUACAUAUGCUGCAUCAGGAGUGAUGGACGGGGCUAAACCAGGUCUACGAGUUGGUUCGAUGCCCAUUCGUACUCAAAUGCUGUAUGAAAGCAGCGUCUCUCCAUCUCGGGGGUCCCUUCAGACCAUAGUAAGCUCCUAUGGGUUGCCCAUCAUGACAGAACCCAAACCUAUGCUCUCCAUUUUCACAAGCACUACACUAUCUGGAGUCCCACAGAAGAACUCUCCUGCCACCCUGCAUAGAAUGGGCUCCUCUAACUCCCACUCGGGCAGUGCAAGCCGCACCAUGUCACCCUAUUCCAGAGGUGUAGGCUCUGUGAGUGGACACGGGCAGGUCGAGUCUGGGUCACCAGCCAGGCCAGUGAUGACAGCAGUACCACAGCAUCAUGGGUCGAUGAUGUCAAGAACGUUUCUGCAUGACGGAUCUAAACCGUUCAUUACAGACAGCUAUGAGAUCUAUGAGCGGAUAGACCCACGACCAGACAGCUUAACAGGUGUACGAGCAUCUAACACCAGUCAACACAGUCAAAUAUGUGCUGAUAUGAGGUCAGUCACUUCCCCUGACCACCAUAUUGGACUUAUCUAUGAGGGCCGCACCUUCCAGGGACCCCUGUAUCACAGCCUUGGCCAAACAGCUGCAGACCUGAACUACAGCCCGCAGAGUGCUUUCUACGGGUCAUCUGUUGGUAUGAGUAACUUGCAGCGUAAAUCCAGUCAGCGCAGUAACAUGACGUGCCAAAGAAAUAACUAUGCUUUAAACACCAUAUACACACAAGCAUACCAGUCUGCCCCCUGCUGGCCCUCUGAUCCCAGCUACACACGUCAGCCCAUGGAUGAUGAUGCCACACGCUCCCUUUCAAUAGACAGCAUGCAGAAAGAUCCAAGAGAGUUUGCAUGGCGUGACCCAGACCUGUCGGAGGUAAUCCACAUGCUACAGCAUCAGUUUCCAUCUGUGCAGGCUAAUGCAGCGGCAUACCUACAGCACCUGUGCUACAGAGACAACCACAUCAAGACUGAGGUGUGUCGUCUGGGUGGUAUAAAACACCUGGUGGAUUUGUUGGAUCACAAGGUUCUGGAGGUGCAGCGGUAUGCAUGCGGAGCCCUGAGGAACCUUGUUUAUGGCAAAGCCACAGACGAAAACAAGAUUACAGUGAGAAACGCAGAUGGAGUUUCUGCACUGCUCCGUCUGCUCAGAACAACAGUGAACACUGAAGUACGAGAGCUUGUUACAGGUGUGUUGUGGAAUCUGUCUUCGUGUGAUGCAGUGAAGAUGACAAUCAUUCAUGAUGCCUUAAGCAGCAUGACUAACACUGUGAUCAUCCCUCACUCGGGCUGGAGCAGCACUGAUUUCCAUGAUGAGCAGAAACUCAAGUUGCACUCUUCACUCGUGCUCUGCAACACCUCUGGCUGUCUCAGGAACCUGAGUUCAGCUGGAGAAGAAGCCAGGAAAUGUAUGCGCUGCUGUGAGGGACUCGUGGACUCACUACUGUACGUCAUCAAAGCCUGUGUCAGCACCUCUGAUUUUGACAGCAAGAUUGUAGAGAACUGUAUUUGUAUUCUGAGGAAUCUCUCCUAUCGGCUGGAGCUGGAAAUGUCACCCUCCUUGCUGACAGCCAAUCAGGAGCUUGAUGGGUCAGAGUCGCCAAGUAAAAAGGCAUAUUACAGCUGCUGGGGAAGGAAGAGCAGAAAAAAGAAUAGUUUACUCGAAGAACAGUGGGAUGGUGUCGGGUCAAUCCCUGGUUUCUCAAAGUCUCCUAAAGGUGCUGAGAUGUUGUGGCACCCAUCUGUAGUGAAGCCCUAUCUCACACUGUUAGCUGAGAGCUCAAACCCAGCCACACUAGAGGGCUCUGCCGGGUCACUCCAGAAUCUCUCCGCAGGAAACUGGAAGUUUGCAGCAUAUAUUCGCGCAGCGGUCCGUAAGGACAAAGGUUUGCCCAUUCUGGUUGAGUUACUGCGCAUGGAUAAUGACAGAGUGGUUUGUUCCAUUGCCACAGCACUCAGAAACAUGGCCCUGGACGUGAGAAAUAAAGAACUGAUUGGAAAAUAUGCUAUGCGGGACCUGGUAAACCGUUUGCCUGGGGAAAACACCAGACUGCUGUCAGAUGAUACGGUGGCGGCGAUCUGCCGAACUCUGUAUGAGGUCACCAGAAGAAACAUUGAAAAUGCUAAAGCCCUGGCAGACACGGGUGGCAUUGAAAAACUCGUCAAUAUCACCAAGGGCAGAAGAGAAAGAUACUCUAUGAAGGUGGUGAAGGCUGCCACUCAGGUGCUGAACAUGCUGUGGCAGUACAGAGACCUGCGAGCCAUCUAUAAGAAGGACGGCUGGAAUCAGAAUGACUUCCUUACUCCUGUGUCAACUCUGGAGAGACAGCGCUUUAAAUCACAGACAACAGUACCAUCAACCACACUGCAGAUGUCCUCUGUGCACCACACAAUGGGUAGCACAUCAUCAUCUCCUGCCAUGCUGGACAUCAAAGAACACUCUGAUAAUCAGAAGACUCAAACUAUGCAGUGCUAUAAUUACCAAGGAGAAAAGGACAUUGAUAAAAGCAAAUAUAUAGGGUCUGCAAAAGCCUCUCAGUAUUACAUUGGGCCAUAUACUUCCCUAAGCAGAGAGGGGUCAAGACAAGAACAGGUGUAUCAUGCCAAUGAAAUAGGCCACAGAAACUAUGACACUUACCGCACAUACCUGCAUUCACCACAUGCCUAUGAGGGCUCAUGUCUGGAAAAGAUGGUGCACUAUUUUCCCACUGAUUACAGCCAGACACAUGGCUUUAAAACCAGAAGCAAGUAUGUGGAGUUUUACUCUUCUACCAGGAGAUCAUCGCACUACAAUGAACAUUACCAAGGAUCCCCCGAUUCAUGGGUAUAGAGACCCAGCUUACAGGCUAACACAGAAAUGGAUGUUGGAAUACAUUGUUUUUAAAAAGAUGUGAGUAAUGGAUGUAAAGCUGAUGAACGUGAUUUAGAAUGUCUGUCAGAAUGUGUGUUAGGGUUAAUGGAAAUGAAAAUUACUCAUGAACUCUGUAUGUAGAGGGCUGGAGAGAUGUUGUAUAGAUUUGAACUCAGUGUAGAUUUUAGAUGAUUGUUCUUAUUGAAAACUUUAGCAAGUGAGGAAAAAGCUGAGGGAUUCUUACAAACUUGGAGCACUUGACCAUAAACUACAAUUUGUCAAAACAAUAAAUAAAUGAUCAUAAUGAUUAAUAUGAAGGAUUUAAUUCAUACAGAACAUUGUACUGGUACCUGUUGUUGAUAUUGUGAAUGUUAUGGAGUCUUGUACAUAUCUUUCAUUUUAUUUUAGAUUGAGUGGGGUAAAAAACUGCUGCAUGGUCUAUGCUUUACUACACUGGUAAAAAAAAAAAAAAAAAGUUGUGCCAUGUUUUUAUAUAGGUGUUUUUUAUUUGUUUUAUUUUAUUUGUUUUUAUUUGUUUCUUUUUUUAUGGUGUUGUGUUAUUAUGAGUAGACACAAAAUAUGAACUUAAUGUGUAUGGCUGUGUUUACACUUGGCAUUAAUAUGCGACCUGUAUCCAGAUUUUGUUCACAUACACAUUGAAAAGAUCACACAUUGUGAUCUGUCGACACAUUGAAAAGACAGUGUAAUCUGUGUGUUCCGGUCCAGAGGUAGUAGAGGACGCAUUGUGAUCAGAUCUCAGUGUUCUGUAAGUGCAAUCUAGCCAUCAUAUCUGCAUUCACUGCUCGACAUCACACAAAACACUGCCCACCAUAAUUAUGCCCACUGCUCUCUCCAGUAGCUUUGCCAUAACAUGAAAUGCUCAGCAUAUGUUUGCAGACUGUUUUUUAAAGAAAUGCUAGGAUUUCACAUGAAGAGAAAGAACGGCGUAAUUUAUAAAUUUAUCAAAUCAAGGGAACUAAUUAGUAUGUCGUGUGCACGAUUUAGUAAAUCUAGGGAAUAAAUAAGUAUAUCAUGCGCACGAUUUAUAAAUCGAGGGAACGACUUAGUAAAGCGUGCGCACGAUUUAGCCUACUAUUUUUUUUCCUGCAUAUCAUGCAUCCGUAUAUAGUAUGGCUGUGAAUAUAUGCCUGUGUUUCUAGACACAUGCCUGUUUUCCCUUUCCCUUUGGGUUUAAAUAUUCAAUUCACCUUUUUGUAUUGUUUGUAUAGCACGUUUCACAAUACAUAUCAUUUCAAAGCA